AUGGCUGGUCGAUUCGUCCGGGCGUCCAAGUACCGUCACAUCUUUGGCAAGCCCACGAAGAAGGAGUUCUGCUACGACAACCUGCGCAUCAGCCGGAAUGCCUGGGACACAAACCUGGUAAAGGCCAACGCCGAGUACCUGUCGGUCAAUUGGGAGUCGUCUGGAGGCGGCGCUUUUGCUGUCAUCCCUUUGAACGAGAAGGGAAAGGCUCCCGACCAGAUUCCUCUGUUCCGCGGACACACGGCGACUGUGCUCGACACUGACUGGAACCCGUUCAACGACCGCAUCAUCGCCUCGGCUUCGGAGGACGGAAAGGUCUUCAUCUGGGAGGUCCCUCAGGACUUUACGCUCUACACGGAUGCCGAGGUCAUCCCCGAUGUAUCGCCGGUCAGCAAGCUGGGAGGACACACGAGAAAAGUCGGGCAGGUCCUGUUUAACCCCGCGGCCGACAACAUCCUCGCCUCUGCCUCGGGCGACUUCACAAUCAAGCUCUGGGACAUCGCCACCGGCCAGAACCACUUGACUCUCCAGCACGCCGACAUCGUACAGAGUCUGUCAUGGAACGCGAGCGGCGACCUUCUCGUCACGACGUCGAGAGACAAGAAGAUCCGAGUGUGGGAUGUCCGCCAGGAGAAGCCUGUGCACGAGUACGCGGGCCACACAGGCGCCAAGAACAGCAGAGCAGUCUGGCUGGGCGAGCACAACCGCUUCGCCACGACUGGCUUCUCCAAGAUGAGCGAGCGCCAGAUUGCCCUUUGGGAACCUGGCCGCAGCGACCCCAUCGGAGGGUUCACUCAUCUGGAUGCCAUUUCCGGUGUCUGCAUGCCGUUCUGGGAUGACGGUUCUAACUGCCUCUACCUUGCUGGCAAGGGCGAUGGCAACAUCCGCUACUACGAGUACGAGAACGACAAGUUCGAGUACCUGAGCGAGUACAAGUCUGUCGACCCCCAGCGAGGUAUCGCUUUUAUUCCGCGACGCGGUAUCAACGUUCACGAAAACGAGGUCAUGCGCGCCUUCAAGACAGUAAACGACAACUACAUCGAGCCCAUCUCCUUCACUGUGCCCCGAAGAGCAGAGACCUUCCAGGCAGACAUCUUCCCCCCGGCCGUGGGCCUUCGUCCCGCCGUCAGCGCCAAGGAGUGGCUCGAUGGCAAGACGGGACUCCCGGCCAAGAUUGAUUUGGAGAGUGUCUAUGAGGGAACUGCUCCCAAGGAGGUUGCUGCCGACUACCAGCCACCCGCCGCCCCAGUGGCCCCCAAGGUCGAGCCCAAGAAGGAGGAGCCCAAGGAGGAGCCCAAGCCGGUUGUGCGAGCUCCCCCUCCCAGUGUCAGCGACCAGAAGAGCUCCAUUGCCGCCAUGGCCAACAAGUUCCAGGACGACGAUGAGGAGCCCAAGAAGGAGGAGCCAUCCAGCUUUGACGAAGAGGUCAAGCCUGCUCAGCGAGCACCUCUGCCUAUCCGAUCCGAACCGAAGCCGGCAACUCCCCCAGUCGCCUCACCUGCCCCAGCUCCUGUGAAACCCGUUUCCUCAGCCCCGGCUCCUACACCGGCCCCGACAUCCAGCGAUCCCACAACCUCCCUGACCGAGAUUAAGGAGCUUAUUGAGAACCAGACCAAGGUGAUUAGUGCGCAGAACGACCAGAUUGGUCUCCUGACGUCCGAGGUCGAAUCACUCAAGAAACGGCUCGGAUCAGGAUCCCAGGACCAGAGCGAGCGAAUCAGGCAGCUCGAGCUAGAACUAGAAGAGGCACGAUCCUAA